CUCGCCGCGGCGCACGCGGCCAACCUCAGCCCGUGCCACGCCGCGCUGGACGAGGUGCAGGUCGCGCUGGCCAACCUGUCCGCGGAGCUGGCCGAGCUCCGCGCCCUGCAGGCCGCGCCGCCCGAGCUGCCCGAGGAGCCCGACACGCUCCUGUGGCACGCGCUCGGGGUGGUGCUGACCGCGGCGCUGACGCACCUCUUCCUGAGCGACGGGACCGCCGCCGAGGCGGAGGAGUUCUUCAAUGAGCUGGUGCCAGGGCGGGUCGUGUGCUUCUACUAUGAGGACGACCCGAACAUAUGGCACGAACGGUUGCUGUUGUGGCCGUCCCCUGGCGCCUUCCCCAACACAUGCUGGACUUGCCUCACGCCUGACGGCGACGUGUACCAUGAAGAGAUGGCGGCAGGGCCCGAUGGCGACGGGCCGAGCCGCGUCUCCCUCACGAUGGGGGCGACUCCCGCUGCUGUUCGCCCCCCGGGGCGAGUCUACAGGUUUCGUGAAUAUCCCGCCGAGGAGGACAUGAUCGACCUCUUUCGGGACGCUCGCCUGGCCGCCCGCAACGCCGGCUUGCGCGAGUCCGAGCCGACCGCCUUCAUGCGCGACGGCGGCCGGCCCACCAAGAGCAUGACGGUCAGCUUCAACGACGUGCCAGGCCUCUUGCGCCGCACGCGGGGCAAGGGCCCGUCCGCUGCCGUGCCGCGCGGCCCGCCUCGUGGCCCGCCUGUGGCCCCGCCCCCGCUGGACGCCGCGGGCGCUGAGCCGGGGGCGCUCGCCGACGGCGAGGUCGGGGGCACUCCGACCCCGAGGGGCGGCCCUGGCGCGGUGGUGCUCACUGACGAGCGGGCCGCGCCGCCUGGGUCUGCAUGGUUUGUGAUGAAGACGAUCCCGAACGAGUGCCAGCAGCUCGACGAAGUCGCCCCGAAGGCGGGUGACGUGGUCUGGGGCGAGAGCGGGCUCUACAGCACGGCGGGCGGCUUCGUCGUGCCGAUCGAGCUCCACCCUGUCCCGCUGCCUGUCGAGGUGUCGGACAAGCUAGCUGACGACGACGCCCGCCUCCUCGGCCCUCUCCAGCGCACGCGGGAGGGCCGUAAGCACCGCGACUUUCGCGAGGCGGUGUCGUCCAUGAGGCAGGAGCAGCAUGACGACUUCCCGCUCGUCGGCGAGCGCAGUUUCAAGUGGCUGUGCGACUACAUCGUCGACCACGGCGGCACCCCCGACGGCCGCCACGCCAAGUGGAUGAUGGAGAGCGGCUGCGCCAAGGAUUCGGCGGCCGCGCACAUCCACGACUUGCUCGGCUUCGCCAUCGAGAUGGCCGUCACCUACGACCAGGUCGACGGCUCCAACCUCGCCAGCAUGGAGGUGGUCUCGCGGGCCUACCAGCUGAUCGAGGAGACCAUGGGGAGCAUGAAGAUCGAGGGCGUCGAGCACUACAUCGGCCGCCAGAAGCAGAGCGCCCGCCGCGGCGUCGCGACGGCGCCGGGGGUCGCCAAGUGCGCCACCGACCAGCUCGCCAAGGAGACGACGGAGAUCCAGAAGCAGAGGCGCAAGGCGCGCGAGGAGAAAUCUGCCCAGUCGGGCAGGAAGGACAAGGGGCCCUACGCUCCGCACCUCGUGAGCUGGCCCGAGUUGGGAAACGAGCCUCAGUGGCUCGCGGAUCGGCUGGGGACAAGCGAACGAUGCUCUCUCUUGGACCUCGACCAUGCUUUGCUGCUGCCGCCACCGAGCUUCGACGAGGCCGUGGAGACAGAGGGGGGGCCCACGUUGUACACGGACCCUGUGCUGGAGCGGAACAGGCCGCUCUACCUUGAAUUCAUCCAGUCUGGCAUCUCGCGGGGCGUCUUCGUCUUAGGGAAAGAGAGGACCGAGGACGUCUCCGCCUUCUUCGUGGCUAAGAAGGACGAGCGGAUCAGGAUGGUGCUGGACUGCAGGCGUAGCAACCAGCGGUUUCAGCCUCCUCCGUCGGUCAGCCUGUUCUCCGCCGCGGGGUUCGCGGACCCCGAGGUGCCAAAGGACACGCCCCUCUACUACGCGGGGGUGGGCGUCCAGAACGCGUUCUACCAGCACAAGCUGCCGGCCUACCUGCGGUCGUACUUCUGCUUGCCGAAGGUCACCGCGGGCGAGCUCGGCAUCAGCAGGCUUGACGGGCGGCGUGUCCCGCCCUGGGCCUGCCUUUACCCAGAACUUGCCGUUGUUCCCAUGGGGUGGAGCUGGGCACUCUUCUUCGUUCAGAAGGCUCACGAGCGGACGCUGGGCCAGCACGACGCCCUGAGGCCCGAGCGGCGGGCGGUCGACUUCGUGCCGGUCCCCAGCCCGCUCGAGGAGCCCAUCCACUCGCUGUACGUCGACAACGUGCUCGUGGUGGGCACCGACCGCGAGGCCGUGACCAAGGUCAGGCGCGAGGCCUCCAAGGCGCUGGAGGGCUCCGGCCUGGCCGUCCAUGACGAGACCGACGCCGCCGAGAGCAUGGCCAUGCUCGGCGGGCAGCUGCAGGGAUCGCCUGCCCGCGCCACCUUGGCGCCGCGGCGGUUCUGGAAGCUGCGCAUGGGGCUCGGCUACUUGGCGCAGCGCCGGCCCCGCGUCACCAGCCGCGACGUCGAGCACGCCAUCGGCCACUGCACGUUUGCCGCGCUGUGCCGGCGUGAGAGCUUGAGCUGCUUCAGCGCCGUCUACUCGUUCGUCCAGCAGAACUGCCAGCGCGCCAGGCCCCUCUGGGCGCCGGCGCGGCGCGAGUUCAGGAUCUCCCGCGGCCUGCUGGUCACGCUCGUCUCGGACCUCGACGCCGAGUGGUCCACCAAGGUCGUCAUGACUGACGCCUGCGAGACGGGCCACGCCUCUGUCGAGGGCGAGUGGGACCUUUCCGAGGUGCAGAGUGCUGGUCGCUGGCACGAGCGGUGGCGGUUCCGCCACGCGCGUGAGGCGGACGGGGGUUGGCGGCCGCGCGACCGCGCGGCACGUGCGGCCGAGGUCGCCGAGCUCGAUGCGCACCCGUCUGUUCUGUUGCGCCAGGGUCUCGCCAACAAAAGAUUCCCUGAAGUGUCGACGCACGCCAUCCGCCGCACCAGCUGGUCGACCAUGCACUAUUCGCCACUCUUCGGCAAGGGGCCCAUGCAUCGUAAGGAGGCAAGGGGUGACCUACGCGCCGUGAAGCUGAUCCUGUCGGACGCGGACUCCUGGGGGAAGAGGGUGCUGCAGGGCGCGCUGCAUCUGGGGCCGGCUGGCGCGCUACCGCGGCGCGCGGGCGUCAGCUCCGGCACCGCCGCGGCUCGGCGCGGGGCCCCGAGGGCGACAGUCUGCUCGGCAGCGGCUGGCCCGCGGCCCCCGCGGGCCCGCCGGGACUCGGCCGCCUCGCAGGCGAAGCUGAAGCUCUCCAUCUUUUCUCCCGCCGUAAGGCGGCUGAAGUGCAGCGCGCCUGGGAGCGGCCCAACAGCGCAGGCCCCUCUGCGGCCCUCGGCGGCUCGGGCGCCGGCGCGUCGCAGCUCGGGCCCCCUGGGCUCGCCCGCCCUGCGCCGCCGCGAGGCUCUGACUCGACGCCCGUCGGUGGUGCUGGCGGCCCCGCGCAGCAUCCCCCUGCGGGAGCUGCCGCGCUCUGCGCAGCGCCGCCUGGACGCUGGGGAGCAGGCGCGGGACACCACCCGCCAGCUCUCUAUCACCGAGGCUGCCGCGGUGGGACGGCGGAGCCGACUGCAGUACACGCGGCUGCUCGAGCUGUUCCUCAGUCGCAGUCGCCUGUUCUUCCACGAGCUGUACCUCGAGGGGAAGGUCGCGUCGACGGGCGAGAAGCUGCUCGCCGCCAUCUUCAUGCACGUGCCCGACUACCAGAGCAAGGGGAAGCUGGCCCUGCCGCGCGCCUAUCGCGCGCUGCGAGGUUGGCGCCUGCUGCGGCCGUCGCGGACGCGGCGCCCGCUGCCCUGGGCGGCUUGCAUGGGCGUGGCGCGCCAGAUCUGGCGGAUCAGCGGCCGCCCCGACCUCGCGGUGUUCUGGCUCCUGAUGGUGGACACGUACCUGAGGCCUGGCGAGGCGUUCCGCCUGACCUGCGGCCAGGUGGUCCCGCCGCAGGCGCACAUGCCCAAUGUGACGAUCCACAUCAACCCCGACUACAUGAAGAGACCGAGCAAGACUGGCGAGAUGGACGAGACAGUGGACGUGGCACGUCCAUGGCUGGGCAGCCUUCUGGUUCGGCUAGCCCAGGGCCCGCCCAGCGCCUCCCUGUGGACGUUCACCAUGACGGAGGCCAAGGACGUGUUCGAGCGCGCGACGCGCGCGCUGGGCUUGGACAAGCAGCUGCCCGUGCUCUACACGGCCCGGCACAGCGGCGCGUCCAUCGACCGCUUCACGGGGGGGAUCUCGUUGCAGGAGGUCCAGCGGCGCGGCAGGUGGCGCCAGCCGAGCUCGGUCAGGCGCUGCGAGAAGCGCGGGCUCAUCCAGGCGGUGUGGAGCGAGAUGGAGCCCUCGGCCAGGACCUACUGCCUCCAGGCCGAGGCCGAGCUGCCCUCGCUGCUCGGCGCCGCCUCGCUAUCCGCCAACGCUU